AUGCUGCUGGUGGGCGACUCCAUGAUGUCCAACUUCCAUGAGGCGCUGCUGUGCGCCAUUCACACGGGCGGGUUCAGAGGACAGCCAUACACAGUGGACAUCGGCCUGACGAACAACAUCAAGGGCAUGCGCUUCCCGGCCUUCUCCUUCUCCCUCGAGUACUACAACUCGCCCUACCUCGUGCAGUCCCGCCGCCAGACCACUGUCUCCGCCAAGCGCGGCGGGCACGGGUUUGAAGUCAACGUGGACAAGAUGGAUCCCAAGUUGGAGUCUAUCCUGGGGAAGUACAACGUUGUGGUCUUUGCCACGGGGGUCUGGUGGCUGCAGAACGUCCCGCGCCGCACGCAGCCGAAUAUUUUCCUCGUGAACGGGCAGGAGCGGAACCUUUCGAACGUGGCCGCGCACCAAUGGGGGCUCUCCACCGUGGUCAACUCCAUCAAAAACUUGAAUUUCCGCGGCGUGCCGAUGUUCCUCUCGUUCUCGCCAAACCACUCGGGUGCAAAAGGGAAUCCGCAGAAAGGUGUGAUGCUAGGGAGGGGGACCCAUGCAGACUGGAUUGGAGCAUGUGGGGCCUGGUAUCCUAUCAGCAGCACUAAAAAGUACUCAUAUUCUCUCGAUACUGCGAGCGAGUACAGGGAUGCGCAGAAGUCCACACUUUCUGGUACGCCCAUUCGAUUUAUUCAGGUGACUGAUUUGAGUGGGGUCAGGCCUGACGGGCACUUAGGCCCGUGGCACGAGCAGAGGGAGAACAAAGGAAGCAAGUCUCCUGGAGGGCAGGGGGAAUCUCCGUUCAGUGGGGACUGCACGCACUGGUGCUUGCCUGGGGUUCCCGACACUUGGGUUGAUAUGCUCUACACCCACCUGCUUCUGGAGCCAUCGAUCUUCUAG